UUAUAUUUUGAGGAGGGAAAGAUAUACUCGAUAUAAACAUGGAUCCGGCACGUCAACACAGCUUCCGCGAUUAAUGAUAUUUAUUUGAUGCUAUUUUACGAGAUGGUGCUCAGAUAGAAUGACUGACCAUGGACAAUGUCUAACAGUUCACAUUCGUGUUCGGGGCACUUUGCCAGUCCGUCAGUCCACCAGACACUAGACGAGUUGGAUUUUGGAAGAGGAAUAUGGAUGUCUGCGCUUGAUGGAGAUGUUGACGAAGUUGAGAAACAUUUAUCGAAAGGUGUAUCUCCAAAUCUCACUGACAAUUCCGGUUAUACAGCUCUGCAUUAUGCAUGCCGACACGGGAGGAAGUUAGUAUGUGAACUGCUUCUGAGACAUGGCGCCGAUGCCAACUCCAUGACUAAAUCUGGAAGAGUUACCCCCCUUCAUCGAGCAGCAUAUUGUGGGCAUGAAGACAUUGUCUCCAUUCUAUUGAAGAACAGAGCAGAUCCUCUAAUUAAGGACGUGGAUGGCAAAACAGCAUUACACAAGGCUGUAGAAGAAGGGAAGACAGCUGUGAUGAAGCUGAUUGUAACACAAUGUCCGAGUUGUACCUCUGUCGUGGAUUCUAAGGACAAGAAGCCAGUGGAUUAUUUAUCAGCAGAUCAACAGGAAAACCUGACAUUUCUUAAUCAGGCAGAACAAAAACACAAAAUGGAGAGAACUUUACAAAACUGAGAUAUUUUAAAAGAUUAGUUGGGUAUUGUACUGGACACCAGUGUUAGUCCAUUGGAAUGUUUCUUACGGCUGUUCAAUGAACACACUGAUAUGCUAUUUCCUUUAAGAAUAUUCACAUUUGAGGCAUGUUGUUUUUGAAUUCCAUCCAAUGAUAUCAUUCCUUUUAUCUACUGUUUCAUUCAAAAUACCAGCCUAUCAUCCAAACCCACUCCCAGCCUCUACAGGUUUGAUUCCAAGUAGACAUUGAAAAAAGAAUGACGUAGAUCAUAAUGAAUGCCACCAUAUUGAACGGUCUAUUUUGUUGUGGCAAAUAUAUAUGUGUACAUAAUAAAAAGUUCAUUGUGUAUUUAUUAAAAGUGGUUAUUUACAAUCUGAAAUAAUUUAUGCUAUUUUUUGUUUUCAGUUUCAAAAAUUGUCAGCCAAUGGUUUGUCUCGAUGCAUGAUAAACUGACAUUUGUUUUGUGA